GAUGACAGGACACUAGUUUUCAGUCCAGCGAAGCGGGUUCUGUCAUGAAAUCUUGCCUUUAUUGACACUGGAGCUGGAAUCGUCACAUUUCAAUAUUUUUAAGACUUUUCCUGUUAUUUAUAAGGACUUUGCUUAUUGGUCCAUAAACUGCCAUCUGGAAAAGUUUGGAAAACGACUUUACCCGUUGUGUUUUAGUGGAGGGGCGCAGGGGAAAAUCCCGGUGUGCUGAGAAAAGUCUGCAGCCAUGGGAAACCGGGGGAUGGAGGACCUGAUCCCCCUGAUCAACAAGCUCCAGGACGCCUUCAGCUCCAUCGGGCAGAGCUGUAACCUGGACCUGCCUCAGAUAGCGGUGGUGGGCGGCCAGAGUGCGGGGAAGAGCUCCGUACUGGAAAACUUCGUUGGAAGAGACUUUUUGCCCCGAGGAUCUGGUAUUGUCACACGUCGCCCUCUCAUCCUGCAGCUGGUCAACAGUAAAGCAGAGUAUGCAGAGUUUUUGCACUGUAAAGGCCGAAAGUUUGUGGAUUUCGAUGAGGUCCGUCUUGAGAUCGAGGCUGAGACGGAUCGUAUCACAGGAUCAAACAAAGGCAUCUCUCCCAUCCCCAUAAACCUCCGAGUGUACUCCCCACAUGUCUUGAACCUGACCCUCAUCGACCUCCCGGGGAUGACUAAGGUGGCCGUUGGGGAUCAGCCUGUGGACAUAGAGCACCAGAUCCGAGACAUGCUAAUGCAAUUUAUCACCAAGGAGAGCUGCCUUAUCCUGGCAGUGACCCCCGCCAACACUGACCUGGCAAACUCAGAUGCGCUGAAAAUCUCCAAAGAGGUCGACCCUCAAGGGCUGCGAACCAUUGGAGUGAUCACUAAACUGGACUUGAUGGAUGAAGGGACAGAUGCGCGGGACAUCCUGGAAAACAAACUGUUGCCCCUACGCAGAGGCUACAUUGGAGUUGUGAACCGCAGUCAGAAGGACAUUGAUGGAAAGAAAGACAUUGGCGCUGCUUUGGCCGCUGAGAGGAAGUUCUUCCUGUCUCAUCCAGCCUACAGACACAUAGCUGAGCGAAUGGGCACACCUCAUCUCCAGAAGUCACUCAACCAGCAACUCACCAACCACAUUCGAGACACUUUACCCGGGCUGCGUAGUAAGCUCCAAAGCCAGCUCCUGUCUCUGGAGAAAGAGGUUGAAGAAUACAAGAACUUUAGACCGGAUGAUCCAACACGCAAGACCAAGGCUUUACUGCAGAUGGUGCAGCAGUUUGGGGUGGACUUUGAGAAGUGCAUUGAAGGGUCCGGUGAUCAGGUGGAUACAUCAAAUCUGUCUGGGGGAGCAAAGAUCAAUCGCAUCUUCCAUGAACGUUUCCCUUUUGAACUUGUGAAGAUGGAGUUUGAUGAGAAGGAGUUAAGGAAAGAGAUCAGUUACGCCAUCAAAAACAUCCACGGCGUGAGGACAGGCCUGUUCACCCCUGACCUUGCAUUUGAAGCCAUAGUGAAAAAGCAGAUCAUAAAGCUGAAAGAGCCCUGUGUGAAAUGCAUCGACUUGGUCAUCCAGGAGCUCAUCAACACAGUCAGACAAUGCACCAAUAAGCUCGGCUCAUACCCUCGACUGCGAGAGGAGACAGAGCGCAUCGUCACCACCUACAUCCGUGAGAGGGACAGCAAGACCAAAGACCAGGUGCUGUUGCUGAUUGACAUUGAGCUCUCCUACAUCAACACAAACCAUGAGGACUUUAUUGGAUUUGCCAAUGCUCAACAAAGAACAGCGGCCAAUGCCACGAAGAAGAGAGUGAUGCCAAACCAGGUGAUCCGUCGAGGCUGGCUCACCAUCAACAUCAGUAUUAUGAAGGGAGGGUCCAAGGAUUACUGGUUUGUUCUGACCGCAGAGUCUCUUUCCUGGUACAAAGAUGAAGAGGAGAAAGAAAAGAAGUACAUGCUACCCUUGGACAAUUUAAAGCUGAGAGAUGUGGAGAAAGGCUUUAUGUCCAGCAAGCACGUCUUUGCUAUUUUUAACACCGAACAGCGAAAUGUGUACAAGGACCUGCGGCAGAUCGAACUGGCCUGUGACACUCAAGAUGACGUGGACAGUUGGAAGGCCUCAUUUCUCAGGGCCGGAGUUUACCCAGAGAAAGACCAGUCUGAAAAUGAGGAGACUAUCACGCCCGGGGACACUGUAUCGAUGGACCCUCAGCUCGAGCGACAGGUGGAGACCAUCCGGAACCUGGUGGACUCCUACAUCGGCAUCGUCAACAAGUCAAUUAGAGACCUGAUGCCCAAGACUAUAAUGCACCUUAUGAUCAACAGUGCAAAGGACUUCAUCCACUCAGAGCUGUUGGCGUACCUUUACUCGGCCGGGGACCAGGGCAGUCUGAUGGAGGAGUCAGCAGAGCAGGCUCAGAGGAGAGAUGAGAUGCUGAGGAUGUACCACGCCCUGAAGGAGGCACUGGUCAUUAUUGGGGACAUCAGUGCCACCACCAUCUCCACACCUGUCCCUCCACCUGUCGAUGACACCUGGCUCGCCAAGGACCCAAGUCCACCUCCAGCAGCUAGACCCACAGCUGCAGCGACAGGACCCCCUCCGAGUCGACCGAGAGGCCCGGCUCCUGGGACUCAGCCUCCUCUGAACCCCUCUCCGGCAUUUGGAGGUCCACCAGUGCCCUCCCGCCCUGGACCACCGCCUGCCCAGCCCACUUACUCCGACCCCAACUCCGGACAGGUGCCACUGAUCCCAUCUAGACCGGCCCGUGUACCACCUGGUCUGCCUCCCGGAAUCCCCAGCAGACGACCCCCAGCUGCUCCCAACCGGCCCACUGUCAUUCGUCCCUCAGAGCCCUCCCUGCUCGACUAGAGACACAGAUCCUAUAACACACCUGGUUUACAUUUUGUAUGUAAUAGGACAUAGGUGAACCUAGUAUAAAACUGUACCUAAGUGACAUUUUGCAUGAUGUGCUGUCUGUGCAUUUAAGAAACAUUAUGUAUGUAAUUUUGUCUGUAUGUGUAGAUAGCUUUUUUAACAAAAAGGGAACUUUAUUGGAUAAA